AUGCGAGGUAGAGGGCAUCUUGUUCCUACUCCUGAGGUACAGGCAACUGAUACAGGGGAUGAGAGACAGCCAAGGCCUCCGGACAUGCAGGAGACAUUGGCAUGUACUCCAAGAGCAGGGGAUAGUUCUGGUGUUGCAUUGCUUAAAGAUUUUAUGGCCUUACGUCCACCAGAGUUUAGUGGAGGCCCCGACACGACAGAGGCCGAGGAUUGGCUACUGGCUGUGGAGAAGCAUUUGCGAUCUAUAGGUUGUGCAGAGGCCCAUAGGGUUCGACUGGGGACCUUCCUGUUGCGAGGAGAUGCCGAGCAAUGGUGGGAGACCACCAGACAGCGAUAUGGUGAUGGGGGCCCGACAUGGGCACAGUUUGUCGUGGCGUUCAAUGAGACUUAUGUACCGACUUGGGGAAGCAAGACAGUCACACAGUACGAGACUGAGUUCGUGGCGUUAUCUCGUUAUGCUCCAGAGUUAGUGACCCCUGAGUCUCGCAGAGUCAGCAAGUUUCAGAGGGGAUUGCAACCAGAGAUUCGUCACGCCAUGGCUGGUAUCGAGGCACUCGACUUCCCUAUAGCUGUUCAGCAAGCCCACGUAGUGGAGAGGGACCGAUUGGAGGCUCGAUCAGACUAG